CUGCUUUUUUCAGUUUUAGUUUUUUUUUUUUUUCACAGUCAUCGGUAAUCGUUACACAUUACUCUAUAAUUUUUAUUCUUUUCACCGCUUGUUGAAUCGCGUUUGCUAGAAUUGACUUCCUUCGUAUCCGUCCAUUUAUUUGAAAUUAUAGUCCGCUGUAUCUGAAAAAUGAAUUCCAAACUCUUAGCCUUGAGCUCGAAGAUAAUUCUUAGGAAUCCAAGUAGAAUGUUCGCCGUCUCGGCCGCAAAAUUCACCAAAGUCAAGGAUGAAGGAUUUCCUGAUCCUUUGGAUUUAGCUACUGGUAUUGAAAAGAAGGAAAUGCUUUUGCGUCUAGCUGGAAAUGAUGAUCCAUACAAUUUGAAAGCAAUAAAACGUGGCGUGGGUACCAAAGAUAAACCUACUUUAAUUCCAUCUGCCUUUGAAGCAAGAAUUGUUGGUUGUGUAUGUGAAGAAGACGCAUCUCAUGUCAAAUGGAUGUGGUUACAUUCAGGAGAACCAAAACGUUGUUACUGUGGCCAUUGGUAUAAAUUAGUUUUCAAAGAAGCACUUGUAUGAAUAAAAAUGUUUGUAACAAGCAUUUGUUUAGUCCUGUUCCAAAUGAUAUAAUUUUUUGCCUGUUAAAUUGUUUUGUUAUUGAAAAGUUCACUUUUGGAAUCAGUAACAGUUAAUUGUUAUUAAAUUGUUUAGCUAAAAUAAGUAAGACUUAUUAAGAGAAAAACAUGUUACAAUAUAUUUUAGUAUUAUAAGUACUUAAAACUGUUUAUAUUGUUAAUUUGACACUUAUUUAUUUGUAGUUUUGCUAAAAUAAUAAAUUAUAACUAUUAUUUUGAAUUAAA